AUGUGUGGAGGGCUGAAGGCGGAUCUGUUUGUUAGGUACAAACAAAUGGAAAGAAAGCUCAGGCUCCUGGAGAUAAGAGAGGCCUAUGUGCGCAAGGAGAUUGAGACCCUGAAAAGGGAGGAGAGGCAUGGGAAAGAGGAGCUGGACAGGGUGAAGAGUGUUCCGCUGAUAAUGGGGCAGUUUCUGGAGCCCAUUGACAACUCGACUGCGAUUGUGGGGUCGACUGCGGGAAGCAACUUUGUUGUCAGGAUACUGUCUACUGUCGACCGGGAGCUUCUGAGGCCAAACACUACUGUUGCGCUGCACAGACACUCAAGCGCAAUUGUGGAUGUGCUUCCGCCUGAGGUUGACAGCACGAUUCCUGUGAUGGGGGAGGAGGAGAAGCCGGAUGUGACGUAUGCAGAUGUAGGGGGGCUUGAUGUGCAGAAGCAGGAGAUAAGGGAGACUGUUGAGCUUCCGCUGCUACAGUCUGAGCUCUACAAGCAGAUAGGGAUUGACCCGCCGCAGGGUGUGCUGCUCUACGGGCCGCCUGGAACUGGGAAGACCAUGCUUGUGAAGGCUGUGGCAAACCACACGAAGGCCACGUUCAUAAAGGUCAAUGGGUCUGAGUUUGUGCAGAAGUAUCUUGGGGAAGGGCCUCGGAUGGUGAGGGAUGUGUUCCGGCUGGCAAGGGAGAAGGCGCCGUCGAUUGUGUUUAUCGACGAAGUGGACUCCAUUGCAACAAAGCGAUUUGAUGCAUCGACAUCUGCAGACAGAGAGGUCCAGCGAGUGCUCAUAGAGCUUCUGAACCAGAUGGACGGGUUUGACCAGGCAACGAAUGUCAAGGUGAUUAUGGCGACGAACAGGGCGGACACGAUUGACCCUGCACUGCUCAGGCCUGGGCGCUUGGACAGGAAGAUAGAGUUUCCGCUCCCGGAUAGAAGGCAGAAGAGGCUUGUGUUUAAUGCAAUUACAUCGAAGAUGAGUCUGAAGGACGAUGUGGACAUUGAGAGUCUUGUGUGCAGGCCCGAGAGGAUAAGCUGUGCAGACAUCAACUCGAUCUGCCAGGAGGCAGGGAUGCUUGCUGUCCGCGCCAGCCGGUACAUGGUUACACAGAGAGACUUUGAGGAGGCAUACUCGAAGGUUGUUGAAAGAAGCGACACACAGCCUGCAUUCUAUAAUUAA